UUUUAUUAAUAGUACACUUUUGGCAUCGAAAGCUAUCGCAGAUAAAAAGAAUAUAAUAAUCUCAUAGAUAUUAAACGAAAUAAAAAAUGUUUUUUUAUAAUAUAACACCACAAUCUAUAAAAAAAUAUAAAGAAAAAUCAGUGUUUUUCUCCAAACCUAAAUUGGUUGCAUUCUACGAUUACAAUUACGGAAAAAUAACAACUGCCAAAAGAAUGAACUAUUUUCAAAACCUAAAAUCUAAUAUUUAUCCAAUUAAUUUAAAUGAUGGUUUUGAAAAGUAUAUACCUCGUGAAUCGGCCAUGUACUCAAGGAAUAUAGAUUUAUCACUUAAAUAUGACAUGUCCGUGGCUGGCGAACGCGAUAGUGUUGAAAACAUGGAGAAGACAAAAGUAAUCACUCGUCGUGGAACUUUAGUUUAUAUUAUGCAAUCGUAUUAUUGUAAAAAGUAUUCUGAUGAAUUAAUAAUACGUGUAUCACGCUAUAAUGGUCAUAUAUAUAUGGUAUUGGAAGAAGAGGAUGAAUCAACACAUAAAUUGAUUCCAUAUCAAACGCAUCAUUCUCGUUUGGAGAAAUUGUUAUUUACUGAUUCACCCGGUAAGCCACCAAAUCUUGAUGAACCAUAUGACGAAAACAUUGAACUAGUUGGAGUACACAGAAGUAACUUUGGUAAAUAUGAUAUUAUUUACUCAGGAGAAAUACAAGGAAUCAUUUCCCAAGAUGAAAUUAAAGAUUUUGACGAUUUGGAAGCUCUCAAUGAUUGUCGUUUUGUUUUCUCUAAGCAAAUGUGGAAAAAAUAUAAAAACGAUAACAAGUAUUUAAAAUUCUGGCUGCAAGCAUAUUUAGCUAAUGUUCAAGAUCUCUAUAUCGGCUACAAAAUUAAAGAUAAUAUAAUAGAAGAACCUUUAGAGCAUAAAGUCGCAGGCGAUAUACCUAAUAAUGUUUAUUGGAAACCCUCGGUUUGCACCGGAUUUUUAUAUGAUUUUUUACAACACGUAGAAAAACUCAUGUCUUCUGUCGACUGCUUGAAAACGGUCUACGUUUUUUACUAUAAUCGAGAUGAGAAAAGUUUCAAUUAUGAAAUAUUUAGUGGUGAAACCGAUAAAACUUUUAUAACUAAGGAGUACAUGAAUUAUUGCGACAAAAAUUUUAAGAAUUGAAUUUUUAUUUACAUUUGUAAAUAUAUUUUUACAAAUUCAAACUAAAAACUUUAUAAUUUAUUAAAACAAAAAUAGAUUUUUAAU